AUGCCCAUCUCGCUGCCAGCUGGAGCAGUCUCAUCGGCGGUGGCCAUUCGACGGCGCGGCCGUCCAAAACGACAAUUCUUUACUGAAAGCACGUCCGAACCAGUUCUUCAAACCGACUCUGCCGAUGCAUCUGAUCUGGCGUCAGAUACCCAAAGCAUAGCUCCUCCACGUACUCGGCUCCCCACACCGAUCACGACUACAGUGUCUUCAACAAAUUCUCUGUCAGAGUCUGUGUCAUUGAAGAGCAAAUCAGAGGUGGCAUCCCGUUUAUGGCCACAGGGGGAAAGACCUGCUUUUGCUCUACGGCAUGCCAUCCUACGUGCAGCCCUACCCGUACAAUUGCCUUCUGAUGCCAUAGACAAGCUCGACUUUACCUCAUCAGCAUUUCCGAACAUUAUUUGGACAUCGCAAGCCCUUCGCAAAUCUGCUCGAAUGCGCCUCCAGCAGAGCACGAUGGUCCAUUCGCAUAUUGAGGUGCUUUCGCUCCCUCGAUACUUUGACAGUCUGAUGCAUGACUACAGUAUCGUGGUUCACACAGUCCAUAAGGAUAUCGAAAUAGAGUGGAUCGAUCCACCUGGACUAAAACCAACGGAUAUUCGAGCUCGACGAAUGGCCUUGAGACUUACCUCUGGAAGUAGUCUGAAAGGCCCACUCGAUAUUGUCUGGCGAUCAAAAUACAAGUGCAGGGGCUCCUGCAGACUUCAUCCCAGAAAAUCGGCACAUCAAGAAGACAAUGAAGGAGAACUGGAAAGGUGGUCUAAUGCUGUUCGAAACCGUCGGAAAGUGCCCGCUAUUUGUUCGACCGAGGCGGACAAGAGUAGUAGCUCAGACGACUCUUCUGGUGACGCUGAGGAUGAGUCUGUCACAAAUUCCGGACGUCUGCGGUCGCCCUGCCAGAUAUUCCUAUAUGUUGAAAUGACCGUCGGACAGAUCCUUCAGAAGGAAUGUACGGUAUGGACAGCUGCAGAUGUAGAUCUCCCCAAUCCUGUUACACCAACUGUCCUCAGCGUUUCGCCCAUGAUUCGACAUCAACUCCAUAAUAUUGCCUCCACUUUCGCCAUAACCGCUUCUACAAUGCAGAUUUGGCUACAAAUGUGGGAGUCGACCGAUCCCCAUGCUCGAUAUGUGGUUGAAAACCUGCCCCAUCGAAGAGCCACCCGCCGUACAAUUCAGCAGGCUCUGAAGACUGCUCAAGAUCGACUUCAUCUUGAUAAGGAUCCUCUGGUGGCCAUCCAAAUAAUGGCCGAGUCCAGUCCAAGCUCGUUUCUACAGUGUCGCUAUCCAGAUUUGAGGGGCGACGACCCAACCGCAUCAGAAAUUGAGAAGUCGGACAGGUUCGAAUGCGUUGUCGCACCGCCUCAUGCGCUAGACAUGGCCAUACUACACAGUCUAGAGGGCGGUUUGGGUCUGGAUUCCAGCUUCAGACACAAGAACGACGAUCGCUGCCCCCUCACUCUGUUAGUGGUGGUAAAUGAAGCACACCAUAUGGAGCCAGUGGCAGCCAUGGUGUCAAACUAUCAUGAUCACGAGGCUUAUCGAUGGCUGCUACAUGGCUUCCGCAAGGCAAUCGAAGCCCGAGCCAAGCUCCUCCUGAAGGGCAAAGUAACGACAACCAUACCAGAUGAGGAAGGACCGCGGGCCACCCUCCUACGCAAUUGCCGAAUCAUCGUUGAGGACGGGUACACCCCUAUUUCUAUCAUGAUAGAUGGAGAUGACGCUGAACGAAAGGCUAUUCGACAAGAAUGGCCCUUUGUUGCGAUAAGGAUGUGCCAGUUUCAUUUUAUUCAAGCCGUUCGAGGACGGCUUCAGAGGAUUUUUGGCAGAAGGGAGAGAGGUGACUGGAUCUCAGAACAGAUUCUCGAUGCCAUUCGAAGGGCUCAAAGAUGUGACGAUCGGACCAAAUGGCCCGAGUAUUAUGAGGCUUUAAAGCAGGAAGUCCUUCAACUAUGUGGACACGAUUUGGAGGCUUGGAAUCAUCUUCAUCAGUAUUUCCACCGAGAGUGGUUUUCUGAGAGGUGGCUUAUGUCUGUUAUCGACAUGGGACUUCCUCCUUUCAUAGACAACAGGGACGGGCCUUGGUCGACGAACAAUUUUGUAGAGGCAGCCUUCCGCGUCUUUGAUAAAGUCUUCCUGGCUUGUCGAAUCAACAGGCGGCUCGACCGUCUGCUCCAUAUACUUGUUUUUAUCUACUUCCCGUAUUACGAGAAGGGAGAUCGAGGCGAUCCUAGGAUCAACAGAGAUCUAGCUAAGCGGCUACGAACAGCAAUGGACAUCUGGGAGGAUGACGGUAUCAAGGAAGUUCCACUUUCAUCGUUACCGACAGUCAUUCGAAUGCGAUACGAAUCACCGCUUUACUUGGUUCGAGAAUCUUCAGCAGCCGACGAUGUCUUUGUCACUGGUCGCCAAUACUACGUUGGGCAUGCCAGAAACGGAAGAAGGCCAGUCUGCGAGUGUGAAGCUUUCGAGUAUACUGGCAAGAGCUGCGCCCAUCUCCUGGCAUUGAAGAUUGUCAACAGGUGCGGCACGGUCACCGAUCACUUUCGCGACGCAGAGGCAAUUGCCUCACGGCUCCCAGAUCCUCCCACGAACGAGGAAACGUCCGAACUCAAUGAACGACGCGAUUUCCAGGCGUAUUGGGGUAGUCCUGUAGAUGCGUUGGUUGGUGAUGAGGGCAUGGACCUCAUGCCUUCCAAGCAAGGAGGUCAGGUCAUCGGGUCUCAAACAAUGGGACGCCCCGCGAAGCAACAGUCACUGCAUCCUUCCCGGCGCAAGCUCGGCAAGAAAACGUUAUUACGAAAACAAGAACUGGAUCGAAUCGGAGAUAUGCAGCCGAUGGGAGUCGUUCGAAUAGGAAACCAAUGCUAUGCGCUCAGCCUGUUCCAGGUCCUGAGUAACAUCCGUGUGUGGCUGGAAAGCACAGUUGAGGCUUGGCGCGAAGCAGGAACGGCGCUUUCGUCAUCGCAGGAGCAAUAUCGUCAAUUUGUAGGCGUUAUUAAUAGGAAGUUGGACGGCAGUGCGUCUAAUCAAACUCUUCCCAACCUGACCGCCGCUUUGGCAGAGGAACUGGAGCUCACAGCACCGCAAGGGUAUAUCCGACCUCAGGACGCCGAGCAAGAUCCAACGGAAAUUUUUCUAAAGCUCAUUGCUGUAUGGGACCGCUUCGAUAACAGCACCAAAUAUUCAGACCUGUUCAAAACCACCGUGUUAUCAUUCGACAGAUGCGACGCGUGCUUUGGUCUUCGGCUCGAAUGUCGUGAAACUCAGCACUAUUCUCUCAUGAUUUCGUCCGGAAAGUUUUUCGAACCUCAGAACGCUCAAUCAAAGGUUGUGGUAGAUCACCUGCUGAGCGAUCUGAAGAUUGAACACAAGCGAACCAUGCAGUGUCAAACACCCACAUGUGGCAUCAUCGGUCCUCACGAAGAGGUUUCGCGGCUGGGAAGCACCAGUCAGCUACUAACGGUCCAGCUUCGAUGGUCUCACAGCGACAUGGAACACGCAGGAGCAGCUGCGCCAUUCCACGUAGCUUCAACCAGGAUACCUUCUUUCAUGGAGCUCACAGAGCGAGGUAUGGACAAUGCUACACAGAUCUCGAUGUGGAGGAUCAAGGGGAUAAUCUGUCGAAUUGGUCCGCAGGCCGACACCGGCCAUUACGUAGCAUUGGUGCCCAAAGCCGAUCGCUGGUGGCUCAUUGACGAUCAUCGGGUUCGCCUAGCGUCAUCUCCCGUUGAUGCAUGGCGUGAGGGCAGGUAUCCAUUGAUGCUUAUAUUUGAAAGGAUAGAGAUUCGAAAAGCACAGUCGACUGGUUUCAAUUUGGCGCAGACUGACACGAUCCGAACAGAGCUAUCAAGAGCACAUCAACCGAAACAACUGCGCUCCUUGGUGACCGUAUCAGACCACAAUCAAGUCAUUCUCAGGGAUAACCCAUCCAUGGAACCGUAUCUGAUGCGAUUACGGGCCUUGAAUCUCCAGACCUCUCGAAUAGCUCCGAUGGUGCCGGUCUGCUCCUCUCAGCUCGCGGAGAAAAUUCGUUCUCUUUGCGCUCCAUUACAUACCUUCCUGCAUGCUCACAAUCGCGCGAAAUCGGCUGCAUUUGCCAAAAUUGAUCAAGAUUUGGGGUGGCGAACAGAGGAGGAGCUUGAGUCGUUCUUCUUCGGAACGACCUUGUGGUCAGCACCUUUCAUCAACUUCCUCUGUAAUUUGCGAGCGCGGGCGUCGACAACCAGACUUGCAAAUGGAGCAGUCUUUGUGCCAGAGCUUUUCUCCUUCGUCGCACGCAAAGGAGGAAUCCAGCUCAAUUGGCAGCGUCAUCAACCUUUUCCCUCUUUGGGAAAAGAUUCACGCUGGAGAGACAAGCUCUUGGUCAGUGUUGUCGGUGUCAUCACAAAGGCUUGGCCGCAUUUACUCGAUUCUCGUCUCGAAUGGGAGGCGGGGUCAGGGCUUGUGGAACCAGAAUUCAACACUGGAUGGCUUUAUGGAACGAACACCGCGGUCGGUCAAAGCGGUGGAGAUUAG